GGCUCUCCAUCGUCGCUCGAGCGCAUAGACUACUAAAACAUCGGUAGUUGUCGCGUCACACUUCCAAAAUGUCAGACAAUAGAGAACUGCAGGAUCUUGCAAAGUCCACUACGGAUGACUUCUACGACCUACUCAACGUAGCCUUCGACGCAGAUGCAGACGCCAUCCAGAAAGCAUACCGCAAAGCAUCUAUCAGAUACCAUCCAGAUAAGAAUCCCGACGACAAGAACGCUGCUGAUCGCUUCAUUCUCCUGGGAUGGGCACGCGACAUUCUUAUUGAUGAAAACCUCAAAGGCGAGUAUGAUCGCGCACGAGCUAGGCGGCGCGAGAAGGUGCUGCAGGACGAGAUGCUGGAUGGCCGACGACGCAAGCUAAAAGAAGACCUUGAGAGAAGGGAGAAAGAGUAUCAAGAUCAGAAGUCUGGUAUCAAGAGAAAGGUUCCCGAGCAUAUGACCGAGACUGAACGGAAGCUUCAUGAAAUACACAAAGGUGAUAGGAAGCGUUACCACGAAAUCAAUGAGCGCCUGGCAAAGGAAGACCAAGAAGAGCGAGAGGCCUAUCUUGAGGCCAUGAGAAAGAGAUCAGAACCACAGGGAACCCAGCAGAGCGAAUCUUCCGAAAUGAUUCGCGCGGUCAAAUUUGAAUUUCCGAGAGAAGGGGAUGGAGAGCACUGGGACAAGGAUACGCUUGCAACCAUGUUCUCAAAGUAUGGCGAGGUGGACAUGGUUGUACUGCUCAAAGACAAAAAGAUCCGACAUGCGGGAGAAAAACAUCGUAUAGCUUCAGGCAUGAUAGUUUUCACACGCGUCGAUCACGCCCACGCCGCCGUCAUGAACGCCAAAUCCGAUUACCCGGCCCUCAGCUCUGUGAACCGGGCAACCGGCGAACCCGAUUCCAUCAACGUGUCCGCCAAAGAUCCCCUGGACGAAUCAGAGCGUCAGGAAGUGUUGGCCAACAUGAAGUCGGACGAGUUAAAUAGGACGUGGACUGGUGAGUGGGUGGCUGCGGGAACUUGGCAAGGGAAACCAAUCAUGAUACCCAAGCCUUCGUCUUUUCCGAAAAGGCAGAAUCAGAAGCUUCAUGCAGACAGAAUGGAGGUUAAUUGAGCUGAGGAAGGUAGUCCUAUCCUCCCUAGCCUCCCAUAUCCUCAUAGCUUCCUAUCCUCAGCGGGAAAGCAAGUCACGUGAUUCCCAUCCCACGAUGAUCAUGGCCUUCUGACGUGCACUUCCCUAGGCGUUCAGCCUUCUCGUCCUUUGCCAAGAAUUUAGUACUUCCUGUCACCUGUAACACAUGCUUGCGAAUACAACACCACCGAAAUGGAUUCCAGAUCGCUUGUCAAUGCGAUUUGAUGGUCGUUUUCAUCAUCUUUACGGGGAAAGGGGGCAUGGAUUCCCUUGGUUCUGCUAGAUCAUUCUUCUCUAUGCUGUAUGAUAACUAUAUCUGGCGAUGAAAAUAUUCAGUAUGAAAUUAUUCAAAUCUGAUCACGCCGUGACAGAUGCGUGUUGGGUUGUUGGCGCGCAAUAUGACAUGGUACCACCAGGCUUUAACCCGUCGCAUGAGACGGAUGAUAGAUAAUUAU